UUUCUCGGCGUAAGUUUGGGCGAUUUUCUUCAGAUUUGAUGUGGUUUAAGUGGAAAUUAUCGAAGAAAAUGGAUUAGUUUGCAAAGCUUAGGAAGUCCGGUAAUCAAUAGAAGAAAACGCAAUGUGUCUUGUUGACGAUAAAGAAAAAUUAGGAUGACUGACAAUAAACUUGCAUAUUUUCGAAAUAGGUGACAAUGCUCUGUGUGCUAAAAUAUAGAGAUGAGAUUAUGGGUUUAUACUGUGUACUUCAUGAUUUUGGCGGCAAAGAAAAGGAAUAGAUUUCUAGGAAAACGUUUUGAGAGGAAGGUGACUUCAUUUUCUCAUGAAAAAAAUAACGCUGCUUCUAAAUGCACAGAAGCCUCCCUCGCUCCCCCGAGCGACGCCGAGCCCCCCAGCCCGCCCCGUCCUCGCGCGCAUUAUUGGAAUGGUGGAGGAGGCGGUGGCACGAGGCGUCGAAGGAGGAUCUCCGAGCGAAGGCGACGAAGAAGCUCCUCUCAGCGCUCACCUCUCCUUGGCUCUCCUCUCCCUGGCUCCCGAUCGUGCCCUGCCUCUCCUCCCCGUGCCCCCUUCGUCGGCUGGUCGUCGCAAAAUGCCUAACAUCAAGAUCUUCUCGGGGUCGUCCCAUCCCGACCUGGCGCAGAGGGUCGUGGAUCGCCUGGGCAUCGAUCUGGGGAAGGUCGUCACCAAGAAGUUUUCCAACCUGGAGACCUGUGUGGAGAUUGGGGAGAGUGUCCGAGGUGAAGAUGUGUACAUCGUGCAGAGCGGCUGUGGGGAGAUCAACGACAAUCUCAUGGAGAUGCUCAUCAUGAUUAAUGCUUGCAAAAUCGCCUCUGCAGCCCGAGUAACGGCAGUCAUUCCAUGUUUCCCUUAUGCUAGACAAGACAAGAAGGAUAAGGAACAGGUGGCAUAUAGGCCUCUAUCACGAGCCCCAAUUUCUGCCAAACUUGUUGCCAACAUGCUCUCCGUGGCUGGCGCUGACCACAUCAUCACCAUGGACCUCCAUGCCUCUCAGAUCCAAGGCUUCUUCGAUAUUCCUGUCGAUAAUCUGUACGCUGAGCCUGCAGUCCUCAAGUGGAUUCGGGAGAACAUACCGGAGUGGGGGAAUUCCAUUAUAGUAUCUCCUGAUGCCGGUGGGGCCAAAAGAGUCACUUCUAUAGCUGACCGACUGAACGUAGAGUUUGCCUUGAUUCACAAAGAGCGCAAGAAAGCCAAUGAGGUGGCUUCGAUGGUGCUGGUUGGAGACGUGAAGGACCGCAUUGCCAUCCUGGUUGAUGACAUGGCAGACACCUGUGGCACAAUUUGCCACGCUGCUGAAAAGCUCAUGGAGGCUGGGGCAACCAAAGUGUAUGCCAUCCUUACUCAUGGCAUCUUCUCUGGGCCUGCAGUCACUAGGAUCAACAACGCAUGCUUUGAGGCAGUUGUCGUAACCAACACGAUACCCCAAGAGCAGCACAUGAAGGAGUCUAAUAAAAUCCAGUUGAUUGACGUGUCCAACAUUUUGGCCGAGGCAAUCCGUAGGACCCACAAUGGAGAAUCCGUCUCCUUCCUGUUCAACUCUGUCCCUCUCUAGAUGCUGGUUGAUGUUUGAUGAUGGGUGCUACAGUUGAUGAUGAGUUGAUGGUGAUGAUGAUGAGUCAGAUAGGUGUAUUGAUAUCUCCUUGGUGUUUGCCGAAGCAAUACGGAGGACCCACAACGGAGAGAGCGUUUCGUACUUGUUUAGUAAUGUUCCAUAUCACUAGGACUCAUCGUUGUACAUAACUACUUGUGUGGUCAAAGCACUGUUGUACCAUCAUGCUACAUAUGUUUAUUAAUGUUUGAGUGUGAAUGGUACUGGUGCCUAAAUUGUCAUCUUUUUUUUUGUUUUUUCUCUCUCACAUGUGUAUUAUAUACAAGAUAUAUAGAUCAACAAAAACUGAUUAAAAAAAUAAUAAAUAUAGGAUAAAGGACUAAGAAUCCCAUCUCCCAAUUGGCAUAUGUAGGAGUGCCUAUUUUUAUACCACAUCAGGCCUGUGAGUAAUAUAUUAAUGUAAUGUAAUGCCUUAUACUAAAUGAUUAAUAAUUAAUCACACCCAUUUCUCUCCCUUGAUGCAGACGCAAAGGGACAAGUUAAAGAAAUAAAAAAUAUCUUUUGUUAUAUUGUCUAAAUAUGUUUUGAGAGCAUAUAUAUAUUUUCAAUAAAUUUCCCAAAUUUUUGUA